AUGUCGUCAAUGUGCCAGGGCCGGCUCCAUAUGUUCUCCGUAAGAUCCGACGGAUCUCGACAGGCUGAGAUCUACCGAUCUAAAGAGCAACCCGAUCAUGACCCUUGGUCUAAAAUUACAGUUUCACUUGAACAGCAAGCCCUGCAUUUCUUCUCCUACCAUUAUCUUGUGAAUGGGUCGGGGCGACCUCCCAGCCAUCCUGACUGCCUGGCCAUAGUAUACACGCGAGCAACAGGGCACGGAUACUUGGCUAAUCUCAUCACUGCUGUGGGAUUGGUUAGCCUGGCGUACCUGAGACAUGCACCCGCUUUGACUCAUGCGGCGAGGCAGACGUAUUCUCGGGCUCUUCACGAUGUAUGUGCGGCACUCGCGGACCCUGCUGAAGCAGCAUCCGACCAGAUGUUAGUCGCUGUGAUGCUUCUAGUGUUGUACGAAACAGUAACUGCUAAUUCCAGCAACGAUCUGAGUCCUUGGGAUAGACACGUGGAUGGAGCCCUAGCAUUGGUGCAGCUCCGUGGAGUAGGCCAGCUACGUAACAGGAUCGGUAGAAACAUUUUUCUUAACCUGCGCACUGAGAUCCUCAUCAACUGUCUUCAACGCAGAGUGCGGGUACCAAUCACUUUGAUGAAUUGGAUGAGUGAGGCCCGACAUUUUGAAACCGCACAAGAGGCACCCGCUGGUAGCUUGGCAGACUUGAUUGUCAGUACUUGCGCCGUUCUUACCUCGGUCAAGGAGGAAGUUCUAGACGAGGUGGAUCUGUCUCGCUAUAUUUCAACCCUUUUGUCGAUUGAUCAAGAUUUGAAGUGCUGGGCUGAAAGCCUUCCUACUGACUAUCUAUAUAAGACCUUAACUAUUACAAAGUCUUCGAGAGAACUGUAUUUGGGACGAUACGACACUUAUUCUGGCGUCGAGAUUGUUCACAUCUGGAAUUUGCAGCGCUGUGCGCGCAUUACUCUCCAUCAAGCACUCCUUGAGAUGUUGUCAAUACACUUCAACAAGGGAUUUUCUCCGUCAGCACCCUUAUCAUCCAGCCACGUACUCGGUACUUCGGACGCUGUUAUACGGGAGAACUCGGGUGACAUUUGUCACAGCGUUCCAUACAUCCUCCAUCUCUGUGAUAAGCCAGGUAAACCAGGUGAUGUGAGAGGUGCUUCUAUUAUGUCUCUGUUAUGGCCCCUCUGCAUUGCAGGCACAGCACAUACUGCCAGCGAUACUUUGCGCGAUUGGAUCAUAGCACAGAUGAAUAAGAUCGAACAGGUUACUGGGAUUCAAGGAGCGAAGCUUGUGGCUUUGGAUAUACAAAAGCGCUGCUUAUUUCCCGAUUGA